AUGUCUCAAGAAGUAAACUUCUUACGGACAGCGAACUUAAUACUUCGAGUGGCUCCUACUGCUGUCAGAUUUAAGUUUGACAAGGAAUUUGUCCCUAUUGGUCUUCAAGUAGCACUUAAUCAAGCAAGAUGUAGAGUGUUAGAACCUUUGAAGAAAAAGAAAGUUAUAAACCAGGCUCAAUGGAACUCGAUGUUUCCUGUAUCAGGAAAUGCUUCAUCAACAUCUUUUGACUUGACACUGAUGAUUUGUUUGAUAAGAAACCUGACAAAAAUAGCAGUAGCAGAUGUUUUACCUCAUACAACAGAUAGCAGUGAUGGGGCUGAUCUAUCUAGGUUGAAAUAUUAUAGGAACAAUAUUGCUCACUGUGAUGAUGGUGUAUUAACAGACAGCCAACUCAACGAUUACUGGAAUGACAUUUCUCAGGCAAUUGUGAGGCUUGGCGGUAACAGCUUGAAACAGAAAUGCGAUGACCUGAAAUUGUGUACGCUAGAUAACAAUGAUAGAGAAAUACUCACAGAGAUACGAAAUAUGGAGAUAUCACAAGACCCGAUUCCAAAAGGAAUAAAAGGGAUCCAUAUCGGGAUAAUCGAGGAAUGGGAAAAACAGAAAGUAGUAGAAACAAGAGCCGUUAAACAUCUUCUUCACUUGGUAAAUAAAGCAGAUACCGUUGUUGCUGUUGGAUCAUCAGGAUGCGGAAAGUCUACAGCAAUUCAAUAUGUUGCUUUAAUGUUACAUCAUCAACAAGGGUUUGAAAUUGUACCUGUGCCCAACCCAGAUUUUAUCCUACAAUAUUUUAAUCCUGAACACAGACAAGUUUUUGUUAUUGAUGACAUUUGUGACAGUGGUGAUAUACAUAAAACUGUAAACUCAUUAGACAGUGAAACACGUUCAACGUUGUUAAUGUCAAUGGCUCGUCAAGGUUUCAGUGACAUGCUAAAACUAUUAUUAUCAAAAGAUGCUGAUGUUAAUUGUAACUCUGGCACUGAUGCACUAUUCAAUACCCCAUUAUAUGAAGCAUCAUCAGAAGGCUUUGUUGAUACUGUAAAGAUUCUAUUAAAGCAUAAAGCAAAUACGGAUAUCAUGUGUAUACAACAAAAGACUUCUCUAUAUGUAGCCGCAGAGAAUGGCAAUAGAGCUAUUGUAAGACUAUUACUUCACCACAAAGCCAAUCCAAACAUUAAAUGCAUCGGAAAAAUAACACCAUUGUAUGUAGCUGCAUUGAAUGGAAAUGCCUCUAUAGUUAAACUACUUUUAUCAUAUAAUGCGGACCCAAAUACUGGAAGCUGGGGAAAUGUAACACCAUUGAUUGAGGCUUCGAAGAUGGGUUACUUAGAUGUUGUAAAGUUACUACUAAAAUAUAAAGCAAACCCAAAUUUGAGCGAUAGGUACAGUCGUAUACCUCUUGAUAUUGCAUCGGACAAAGGUUACACAGAAAUUGUAGCAUUACUGUUAAAGUACAAAUCAGAAACAGACCACCGCGAUGAGGAUAAUGUAACCCCUCUAUUAAGAGCGUUGAUGGUAAACCAUACGGACACUGCAAAGGUUCUCUUAGAAUAUGGCGCUGAUUAUAAUAUUUGUAAUGUAAUCAACAUAACACCGUUGUUCGUAGCUGUAGAAAAGGAUAACAAAGAAAUUAUAGACAUGAUGCAAAACUAUGAAGCUGAGGAGAGUAUUAAAAAUAGUUAUGAUACAAUGCGUUUUUAUUUGGCUUGCAAAAAGGGUGAUAAAACUACAGUUAUGUCUUUAAUAGAAAAACAAGUUAAAGUAAAUAGUACUGAUCACGAAUUCAAUCACUCAGCGCUGCACGUAGCUUGCAGUGUUGGUCAUACUGAUAUUGUACAAAUACUUUUAAACCAAAAGUGUGACAUAAAUAUAUGUGAUAAAUAUGGGGCAACGCCACUCUUAAGAUCUUGUUUCUCAGGUCAUACAGAUGUUGUUAAAUUAUUGUUAGAUCACGAGGCAUAUGUAAAUGCUAUGGAUAUCUUUGGGGACACACCGAUUUUAGCAGCUACAAUGAAGGGUCAAAUUGAGAUUGUUAGAUUACUGUUGAAAUACAAAUGUGAUGCCAACAUCAAAAACAGGCGCAAUGAAACAGCAUUAUUUAUAGCUUGUGAAAUGGGUCAUCUGGAGGUUGUAAAUUUACUGUUGCAACAUCAUUGGGAUCCAGAAAUCUACAAUAAACACCACGAAACUCCUUUGUUUAUAGCUUGUCGUUAUGGUCAUAUUCAUGUUGUAAAGGUAUUAUUACAACACGAUUUGCAUGAUACUAAGAAUGGUAAAAAAGAGACAUCAUCCAGUGGAAGUUUUAAAACAGAACGAACCAAGUAUAUCAAUAUCCCUGAUAAAAGAGGCACAACCUGUCUAAAGGCAGCAACUUCAUUCAAUAAUGUCGGUCUAAUAAAAUUAUUGCUAGAUAACAAAGCAGACCCUAACAUCAGCGAUACUAAAAAAGAGACUCCUUUGUUUGAAGCCUCAAAUCAUGGUUAUACAGAUAUGGUAAAGGUGUUAUUAGAAUAUAAUGCUGAUCCAAAUAUUAGCAACAUAUUUGAUAAAACACCAAUAUACAAUGCUGCGUGUGAAGGAAAUUUGAAAAUUGCCAAAUUGUUGUUAGAAAACAACUGUGAUACUACUUUUAUCAAUACAAUUAAAAUAACGCCACUAUGUAUUGCUUCAUCACAGGGUCAUGUUGAAAUGGUAAAGUUAUUAUUGAAAUACAAAUGCGGUUAUAGUAUUCAUAAUUUAGAAAACGAUUCACCGCUUUUUAGAGCUGAGCGUAACGGUUACAUAGAAAUUGUAAAACUUCUUUUAGAACAUAAUAUCAAUUGCAAGUUCUUUCAUAUGAAACACACGACUCCCUUGUCCAUUGCAGUAUCUAAUGAUAAUCUAGAGGUUGCAAACUUGUUGUUAAAAGAAAGUAACUGUGAUACUGAUAUAAGUCAUAAAGACAGCGACCCUAAGUAUGCAACAUCAUUAUUAGAACAAAUGUGGGAUAUCGAUAUUAUGAAUGAAGAUAAUGAAACACCCUUAUUUAUAGCAUCACGUAACGGAAAUAUAGAAAUGGUAAAAUUAUUACUUGCCAGAAACGCUGAUCCAAAUGUACCUAAUAUGAAAAAUGAAACCCCCCUCUUUGUUUCCUCAAGGAGUGGUAAUUUUGAGGUUGUUAAAGUAUUAGCAGAACGCAACUGUGAUCUUAAUAUCUAUAAUAAACAGCACAAAACGCCUCUGUUCAUUGCAGUAUUGCAAGGUUAUACCGACAUUGUAAAAUAUUUGUUGCAUAGGAACUGUGAUGCUAACAUAUAUGAUGAGGACAAGAUAUCUCCCCUUUGCCUAGCCUCCCGCAAUGGCAAUAGUAUGAUUGUGCAACUACUAUUAGACCAUAUGUGUCAGUUAGAGGUUUGUCGUGUGAUAACUGUUAGCCCUUUGUAUGCUGCAUCCUACUACAAUCAUACUAGUAUAGUAACAUUGCUUCUGAAUUAUAAAUCUCAACAUAAUUUCGAUAACAAAACCUAUAGUUUUGCUCUUGUUGCAGCUGUGUAUAACGGAAAAUUAGACAUUUUACAGUUGUUACUUGCAUAUAAUUGUAACGCAUAUAAAUGUCAUGCAUAUAGUGAAAAUCCUCUCACCAUAGCGACGGGUUUGGGUUAUACCAGUGUUGUAAAAUUAUUAUUAAUACAUAAAUUUGAUCCGAAUACAUGCAACAAAGAUGAGGAAACACUUGUUUUUAUUGCGUCGUUAAAGGGUUUUUCAGAAAUUGUAAAAUUAUUGUUAGAACAUGAUUGUGAUCUUAAUAUUUGUAAUAAGUAUGACGAAACACCUUUGAGCAUAGCUGCAGGUAAUGGUAAUAUCGAUAUUGUUAAGUUAUUGUUAAAAAAGAACUGUGAUCUAAAUAGAUGUAACAAAGAUAGGGAAACACCUCUUUUUAAAGCCUCGUUCGAAGGUUUUUUAGAGAUUGUAGAAUUACUAUUAGAAUGUAAAUGUGAUCAUGAUAUGUGUAACGUUGAUAAUGAAACACCUAUUAACAUAGCUUCAGUCAAGGGUUACAUUGAAAUUGUAAGACUAUUGUUAAAACAGAAUUGUGAUGUAAAUAUGUGUAACAAGGACAACAUAACGCCGCUUUAUUCUGCCUCAUAUCAAGGCCAAACCGAAAUUGCAAAAUUACUGUUAGAUUAUAGGUGCAAAAUUGAGGUAUGUGAUAAGAUUAAUGCUAGUCCUCUGUUUGCUGCAGCCUACUUUGGUCAUACCGAAAUUGUCAAAUAUAUCCUAAACCAAAACGCUGAUAAUGAUAUCAGUAUAGAAACAUUUAAAAUUGUUCUUUCUUUAGCUGUUGAUAACUCUAACACAGAUAUGGUGGAGAUAUUGAUGCAAAAUAAUUGCAAUCCUAAUAUAUGUAAUUAUGAUUAUGAAACUCCUCUUAGCACAGCUUCUAAAAAUGGUCGUACGGAUAUUGUAAGAUUAUUGCUUAUAUACAAGUGUGAUCCAAAUAUAUGUAACAAAGAUAAUGAAACGCCUCUUUUUAAAGCAUCUUUUCAUGGUUUUUUAGAGAUUGUAGGAUUAUUGUUAGAAAACAAUUGUGAUCCUAAUCUAAGUGACAAGUAUAAUCAAAGUCCUCUACACAUAGCUUCCAGAAGUGGUCAUACCGGUAUCGUAGAAUUGUUAUUACGCUAUAAUUGUAAUACUAGUCUUCGAACCCAAGGCAAUGAAAGUGCUUUGGAUAUAGCUUCAGAAUUGAAUCAUACUGAAAUAAUGUUAUUAUUAAAACGCGAGAAAAAAAGAAUAAGACGAGAGAAAGAAAAGAAAUGUAAAAUCUCUUAA